AUGCAGCAAGAAGGAGGAAGAAGAGGAGAAGGGAGAGUUGAGUUAAUGACUGCUCUUCAGCAGCAACAGCAACGGCAAAGGGUGAAACCAGAGAAUCAACAACCACAGUGCCCUCGUUGUGAAUCUAUCAAUACCAAGUUUUGUUAUUACAACAAUUACAGUCUGUCUCAGCCUCGUUAUUUCUGCAAGAGUUGCAGAAGGUACUGGACUCAAGGUGGAACCCUCCGGAACGUCCCUAUCGGCGGUGGUUGCCGAAAGGGGAAACGAUCCAAAAAGCCCCCUACGGCCGACAAUCCACCGACAGGAUCAAUGGCACAGCUACAGAAUCAGCAGCAACAAUUAAUUUCAGUCUCUGCUACAGCUUCCAAUGCUUCUGUUUCCGUAAUAUCCUCGGCCACAGGUCCUACUUCUUCUUCUAAUCCGAUCCCUUCCGUGUACUAUCCGGUUGGUGGAUUCUUGUCUUCCUUGGCAACAGUUGAUGAUCCUUUCAUUCAGCCCAUCAACUCUGGUAUUGGUGAUUUCGGGAUUUCCAAUUUGGCUCUGCUACAGGGAUUCGGAUACCCUUCUUUGACCUCACAGCAGCAGCUUCUUCUUCUUCAGGAAUCGCAAGAAUUCGACAUGGGCAGUAGAGGAACAAACGUAAUUCAAGGAAACGGCGCUAGCUCUUCUACUAUUACUACUCAUCAAGGUUGGCAACAAAGCUUUUUCGAUGCUACCAACGCAUCUGAACCAUCCAAUUGGACCAGCAGCGGCCCUGACAGCAACAGUAACAACACUGGUGGUGGUGGUGGUUCUUGGAUGUCUGAACCACCAGUUUAUGGUCCUCCUUAA